UCGACAACAAAGACAACCACAACAAUGCUGCAGACAAGUCUUCUCGCAACAGGACACGCAGACCUCGUGACGCACGUCGUCUACGACUUCUACGGCGAGCGACUGGCCACCUGCUCGGCAGACCACAAGAUCAAGGUCUUCCGCCAGAUGCCAGAUGGCACCUGGGAGCCCGAGGCCGAGUGGAAGGCGCACGACGCUCCCAUCCUUCACCUUUCCUACGCGCACCCGAUCCACGGGCCGCUGCUCGCGUCCUCGAGCCACGACCGCACCGUGAGGAUAUGGGAGGAGCUGCCCAGCCCGUCCGCGACGGGGGGAUCGGUGCGCUGGGCCGAGCGCGCGGUGCUCACCGGCGCCAAGGGCUCCGUCCGCGCCGUCGAGUUCUCGCCCCCGAACCCGUCGUACGGGCUGCGCGUGGCCUCCAUCGCGACCGACUCGCAUCUGCGUGUGCACACGUCGCUCGACCCCGAGCUGAACGACUGGUCGCUCGUGUUUGACGUCCACGUCCCGUCGCUCGCCGCGCCGCACGGCGAGGAGCCGCCCGCACCCUCGACGCCUGGAGAUGGUCCGGCGUCGGCCGAAGCAGCCACUGGCGGCUGGGGAAUCAGCUGGUGCAAGGAGAAGUGGUGGGGUAGCGUCAUCGCCGUCUUCUCUGGCACGGCGCCGACGGCCAAGAUUGUGACGCUGGAUCCGUUCCCCAAGGCCGUGGCCCUGCUCCAGACCCCCGGGAACACGUCCCCGCUCACCGCGAUCGCAUGGGCGCCGUCCUGCGGCCGCAGCUACCACCUCAUCGCGACGGGAUCGCGCGAUGGCGUGGUCAGGAUCUGGCAGGUGCAGCCUCCCGGAGACGAGGAGGGUGCGCCGAGGAUCUGGUCGUCCGAGGUCGUCGCCGAGUUCCCCAAGGGCGCACGUGUCGGCAUGGUCGAGUGGAACGCGACCGGCACGACAUUGACUACGUCCGACGACGAGGGCGUCAUCAGGAUAUACAAGCCAACGUACGCCAAGAACUGGAAGCUGCUCGGCAAGAUGACGGCAGAGGAGCCGCUCGGCGACGAGUAG